AUAUUUUUCACCCUCACGUUUGCUUUUUUGAUGCCAUCUAUUCUAGCUCGGUCACCCGACGAUGACAAGACCAUUGCAGAUGUCGUGGACUACGGUGGCGAAAGUGGUAUGGAUGAUAAGAAUGCCGCAUAUAACCCUGAGCAAUUCCCUGGAAAAUAUUCUGGAGAUGUCGAAGCGUCAAUAACGGAAAAGAACUCAACAAGGAGAGGCCUAAAUGAAUGUGCGACCAAAAAUCCAAUAGACAAGUGUUGGAGGUGCAAAGCAGAUUGGGCGGACAACCGAGAAGCAUUAACCCAAUGUGUGAUUGGUUUCGGAGCAGGAACCACUGGUGGCGCGGGCGGGGAAGUCUACACGGUGACUGAUCCAUCAGACGAUACCCCUGAGAGUCCCAAGGAAGGGACGUUGCGUUAUGGUGCUACCCAAAACAAACCUGUUUGGAUCAUUUUCGAAAAAGAUAUGGUCAUUACUUUGAAACACGCACUUCCAGUCACUAGUGACACGACUAUUGAUGGUAGAGGUGCGAAAGUGGAGAUCGCUUUUGGUGCAGGCAUCAGCGUCCAUACUGUCAAAAAUGUCAUCAUUCAUGGGAUUCACAUUCACGAUACAAAAGAAUCGCCAGGUUAUGCAGGGAAAACAGGUUGUGAUGGUGAUGCUGUUGCUGUUAAGACUUCUUCCAAGAUAUGGGUCGACCACUGCACGUUUAGUGGAGGUGUAGAUGGGCUCCUAGAUGUCACUGUUGGUAGCACAGGCGUAACACUUUCUAACAACAAAUUCAGCGAUCACGACAAAAUCAUGUUGCUCGGGGCAGAUGAUAGCCACGCUGAAGAUAAAGCAAUGUUAACCACGGUUGCGUAUAACAAGUUUGAUCAAGGAUGCGUCCAAAGAAUGCCUAGAUGUCGACAUGGCUUUUUCCAAGUCGUCAACAACGACUACAACAAAUGGGGAUUGUAUGCUAUCGGUGGUAGUGCAGCUCCUACUAUCCUUAGCCAAGGCAACAAAUUCGUGGCUCCAGAUGCGGCUGACAAGAAAAAUGUGCUACAAAGGAGUGAUGCUCCAGAAUCAGAAUGGCAGAAUUGGAACUGGAGAACAGAUUCAAAUGAUGUAUUGGAGAAUGGAGCUGUCUUUACGGCAUCCGGGUCUGACCCACAGCUAAGUGCUGAACAACAAGCCGGUAUGAUUCCAGUUGAACCAGGAUCCAACGUUCCACAACUCACCAGUUGUGCUGGUGCACUCUCAUGUGUGGUCGGCCAACCUUGUUAACC